CUCAGGGACUCAGGUAGCUCCCACUUACACCUCAGGAACCUACAUUUCACCACCGCAAGCUGAUUCCGCCCGCUCUUUCCAUCCCCAGGUACGAAUUGGAUGCUUUCUCUCUGAACCUGAACAAUAAUUCCAUCUCUUCUGUGCGCUGCGAUGGACUCCGCCUCAGCUUCUCAGGCCUCUGCCACCGAAAGCGCCGACGCGCCUGUCGCGCCAACCAAGGCGCGCAGCGACAGCAUCUCGCAACAGUCGGACGACUCGCAAACCGCCGCCGAGUGUGUUUCCCCAGCCAUGCAUUGACUGCGCAAUUGGAAAGAUGCUCAAUGUUCCUCUCUAGGUUCAUUCGUAGUCAAAUGCAGCUCGAAGCCGAUGCGCGCGAAGCCCUGCCAUAUAGCAUUGAGAACUGCACAAAACCCCUGGGCCCUCUUCGCCAGAGUGUUUUUGCAUGCCUAACCUGCAAACCGCCACCCGCGAACCCUUCAGAACCGUAUGAUGGCGCCGGCGUGUGCUAUGCGUGCUCGAUCCAGUGCCAUGGCGACCACACGCUCGUCGAGAUCUUCACCAAGCGAAACUUCACGUGCGAUUGCGGCACCACGCGCUACCCCGAGUCCAGCCCCUGCAACCUGCGCAUCAACCCAAAGACGAAUACCAAAGGAGGCGUUCACUCGGAAGAGCCCGAUCCGAAUAACAAGUACAACCAGAAUUUCCGGAAUCGGUUCUGUGGUUGCGAAUGCGAUUACGAUCCCUUCCAACAAAAGGGGACCAUGUUCCAGUGUCUUGGCUUGGGAACGCAUGAGACGGGCGGUUGUGGCGAGGAUUGGUGGCAUCCUGGGUGUGUCGUUGGCCUAGGUCCAGGGUGGUACGAGAAGAUGGGAUGGGGGACAACAAAAGUCAAAGCCGAAGACAAGGGUAUCGAGACCAAUGGAACUCUCGAGACCAUCGCAGAGGACGACGAGGCGCCGUCAAGGGACGGCGAUGCCGAGGCCGGCGAGUAUGAAGAUGACAUUCCACUUCCACCAUGCUUCCCGGCCGAAGACGCCUUUGAAGGCUUUCUCUGUUACAAGUGCGUAGAUGCACACCCUUGGAUCAAGAGAUACGCCAACACCCCGGGGUUCUUGGCGCCCGUCUUUCAUAAGCUAAGCGAUCAUGUCACUUAUAUUUUUGACGGGACUACUCCUCCGGCCGCCAAUGGAGAGGUCAAGAAACGCAAGGCUGAGGACGACGACGAAGCGGACUCACAGGAGGCAAAACGCCAAAAGACUGAAACCGAAACUUCCGGCACUACCGGCACGCCGGUCGAGCAUGGUCCCGAUGAAAAUAAGCCGGCCUCCUGCAAGCUUUUGUCCCUUCCUCCCGCGCCCAGGUACCAGUUCUCCCUCUUCUUUAAAGACAACUUCCGUGAGCACCUCUGCCGUUGCUCGUCAUGCUUCCCGCUUCUCGCCCCGCACCCGCAGCUCCUCGAAGAGGAAGAAACGUACGAGCCGCCCGUCUCUGAGGACGGCGGGUCCGAGAACGGGGGCGGGUCGACAGCCGGAAGCGGCGGCAGUCUCUACGACCGGGGCGAGAGCGCCCUGCGCAACGUCGACCGUGUCCGGGCCAUCGAGGGCGUCAUGGCGUACCAGCAUCUCAAGGACAAGCUCAUGCCGUUCUUCCAGCAGUUUGCCGAGAGCAAGAAGGCCAUCAGCGCCGAGGACAUCAAGGAGUACUUUGCUAAGCUGAGGGGUGAUGACCAGGCUAUUAAAGAGGCUGGGGAGGCGGCGGGUAGGGAGGAUCAUAGGAAGGAGCAGAGUGGGUACUGAAUUUGAGGGUGGUCGAUUCUAUAACAGUGGAGUUCGGGGCAUGGUUGCUGGUGAGGGUCUUCCUGGGUUAUGAUGACGAUACUGGGUUGGGUGUGUAUAAUAGGGUUCUAUGGUCAUUCGAUUGGGUGCCUCGACGGCUUGGGCGUAAUGGAUCUCGGAAAUGGAAACGGCUUGGGUUUGUGUGCGAGAGACACGGGCCUUGAUUUCAAAACCAAGACAUGUUCAAAUUGGUGCCUACUUUGUCCAUCUCGCCCAUGUGCCAGCUUGUCUGAUAGGUUUAGUAAUUAUUUGUGAUAUCAG